CUCACACUCACACUCGGGCUCACACGCACACCAUACGCUGGCCCCUGGCAGAGCCCUGCGGGUUUUUCUGCAAUCCAAUCCACUGUUUAUUGGGACAUCUGUUCCAAGAAUACCAUGAGCCCCUUCCUGCUCCUCAGCCUGCUCCUUCUCUCCACCACAGAGCCAGCUUGGAGCGGUACCAACGAUGCAGAGGACUGCUGCCUGUCUGUAACGAAGUCCGUCAUUCCUCGCCACAUCGUGUGUGCCUAUCGCCAUCUCACCCCAGAGAAUGGCUGCCGAUUGCCCGCUGUGGUGUUCACCACGCUAAAAGGUCACCAGCUAUGCGCUCCCCCUGACCAGCACUGGGUGAAACGACUCAUCAAGAGACUGGAUAGAAACAAUUCUCAGUACCACAACUGCAGUUAGUUUAGAUGCGCAACAAGAUAAGGAUUCGGGCAUCGGGAUGGACGUCUUUGAUCCAGCAGCCAGUUUGGGAGAAGAGCACGAUGCCCCAUGAUCGAUGAGGAAAGAGAACCCAGGAAUCUAGCCUUUGGCUCCAGCCUGGAACUAAGAUGGAGCUGCUGGAAGCAGAAGAGGGGGGAUGGGAAUAGUUUUUGAGAUGUGAGCCUGAGUGUGAGUGUGAGUACUCGUGGCUGUGCAAUACAGGCUCUGAAGCUAGUUAAUGUGGGGUUUGAUGCUGAAAGUGGAAUGAGUUUAAAUAAAGUCAC